AUGGCUUCUCAAGCAAACAACGGGCCACAAGAGGCCACUACUGCUAUGGCAGCAAUUAAGCUUGACAAGAAAGCCGAAAAGGAGCGCCAGAAGGCAGAGAAAGCCAAAAAGUUCGCAGAGAAACAAGCAAGCCAACAAGCUCGCAUCACAGCAGGCCCUAAAGCUCCAAAGACCACCGACCAACCGGAACUUCCCAAGUAUGUUGAGCAAACGCCACCGGGCGAGAAGAAAGUUCUCGGACCGCUUGAUUCACCGUACCACUCGGCCUACAUCCCGGGCGUCGUCGAGUCUGCCUGGGAUGCGUGGUGGAACAAGAUGGGCUUCUUCGAACCCGAGUUCACCGAGGAUGGCCAGAAUCUCAGCCCUGGCGCUUUUGUCAUCCCGCUCCCUCCCCCGAAUGUCACUGGAGCUCUACAUUGUGGCCAUGCCCUAGGGACGGCGCUCGAGGACCUUCUCAUCCGCUGGCACCGGAUGAGGGGCUUCACCACGCUUUAUCUCCCCGGGUGUGAUCAUGCUAGCAUCAGCACCCAAUCCGUUGUUGAGAAGAUGCUGUGGAGAAGGGAGCGCAAGACCCGGCAUGAUCUUGGCCGAGAGGGCUUCGUGGCGAGAGCAUUGGAGUGGAAAGACGAGUACAUACCACACCAAGAUCAACAAAGUCCUCCACCGGCUCGGCGGUUCCUACGACUGGACCCGAGAGACCUUCACCAUGGACGCCAAGAUGAGCGAAGCCGUCAUCGAGGCCUUCGUGCCCUCGACCUCCCGGGGCGCACCCUCCUCCACAUCCCCGGCUACGCCCACAAGAUCGAAUUCGGCGUGCUCACCUCCUUCGCCUACCCCCUCAUCCCCACCACCACCAACACCAUCACCGAAACCACCACCGAAACCACCACCGAAACCACCACCGAAACCACCACCGAAACCAUCACCGUCAGCACGACCCGCCUCGAGACCAUGCUCGGCGACGUCGCCAUCGCCGUGCACCCCACCGACACCCGCUACACGCACCUCGUCGGCCGGCUCGCAGCACACCCCUUCAUCCCCGGCCGGCGGCUGCCCAUCAUCGCGGACACCAUCGCCGACCCCUCCUACGGCAGCGGCGCGGAUUUUGCGGUGGGUGCCGCGCACGGGUUGCCGAGUAUCAAUAUCUUGCGGGAUGAUGGGAGGAUGAAUGAGAAUGCGGGUGUGAGGUUUGAGGGGAUGAGGCGGUAUGAUGUGCGGCGGGAGCUGGUCGGGGAGUUGAAAGGGUUGGGGUUGUUUGUGGGCGAGGAGUCGAAUCCGAUGACGGUGCGGGUUUGUGCCAAGUCGGGGGAUGUGAUCGAGCCGGUGAUGAAGCCGCAGUGGUGGAUGAGGAUGGGGGAGCUGGCGGGGCCGGCGAUGGAGGCGGUCAGGUGUGGGGAGGUUGUGAUUCGGCCGGAGACGGCGAGCAAGAGUUAUUUUCGGUGGUUGGAGAAUGUUGAUGAUUGGUGUUUGUCGAGGCAGCUGUGGUGGGGGCACCGGAUUCCGGCGUAUCUGGUUAAGUUUGUUGCUGCUGCUGCUGCUGCUGGGGGGUUGGAGUCGGAGGAUGAGGUUUGGAUCGUUGCAAGGUCUGAGGCGGAGGCGAGGGAGAAGGCGGAAAAAAGGUUCCCUGGGAGGGAGUUCUCGCUCGAGAGGGACCCGGAUGUCCUCGACACCUGGUUUUCCUCCGCUCUGUGGCCCUUUGCUACGCUGGGCUGGCCGCAUGAGACGCAUGAUUUGCGGAACUUGUUUCCGAUGAGUGUCCUGGAGAGUGGAUGGGAUACUUUGUUCUUCUGGAUUGCGCGCAUGAUCAUGGUCAGUCUGAAACUGACUGGCCAGGUCCCCUUUCGGGAGGUGUAUUGUCACUCGCUCAUCCGGGACGCCCAAGGCCGCAAGAUGUCCAAGUCUUUGGGCAAUGUGCUGGAUCCGGUGGCGGUCAUGGAAGGCAUCUCUCUUGAGGCGCUGCAGGAGAGCUUGAAAACCGGAAACCUUGACGAGUCCGAGUACAAGGUCGCCAGCAAGAACCAGCGGUUGUCCUUCCCGCAGGGAAUCCCCGAAUGCGGAGCUGAUGCACUGCGGUUUUCUCUCAUCAGCUACACGACAGGUGGUGGGGAUGUCAAUUUUGAUAUUAAGGUCAUGGCGGGAUACCGCAGAUUCUGCAACAAAAUCUACCAAGCGACCAAGUACGUGCUCGGGAAACUCCCAGCCAGCUACGUCCCUCCCUCUAAGCUUGCAAAGACGGGCAACGAGUCUCUCUCGGAGCGCUGGGUCCUCCACCGACUGAACAUUGCCGCCCGGGCCGUCCAUGAAGCUCUGGAGAAGAGGGAGUUCUCACGCUCGGCACAAGCUGUGUACCGGUAUUGGUACGACGACGUGUGCGAUGUUUUUAUUGAAACCUCCAAGGCCGUUCUCCAGGACGGAAGUGACGCGGCGCAAGCAAGGGCUAUUGACACGCUCUAUGCUGCUGUAGAAGGCGGCCUCACGCUCACGCACCCGUUCAUGCCGUUCCUGAGCGAGGAACUAUGGCAGCGGCUGCCCAGGAGACAGGGCGACUCGACUCCAUCGAUUGUCAAGGCGCGGUAUCCAGAGUACCGUGCGGACUUGGACGGUGGCGAUGCUGCCGAGAAGUUCGAGCUCAUCAUCGCAUGUGCCAAAGGCAUCCGGUCGCUGGCAGCCGAGACGGGGAUCAAGAGGGAUGGAGUUGGAUAUGUUGCUUGUCAAGACGCAGCCGACCUUGCCAUUCUUCGGGCUGAGGUUGGUCCUCUCAAGUCACUGGUUGGUAGGGCUAUCGCUUCUCUGACCAUGCUCGGGGCUGAAGAAAGGGAGUCGAACUUGGAGGGAUGUGCUGUAUCCUCCGUCUCGUCGACCACCGCUGUGUACCUGAAGACUGGUCCAACUGAAUGA